AUGGCUCAAACUGUAUAUUUCCCUCUUCUCCUCAUUGCUCUCUGCUCCGUAUCUGAAUGUGUUCAGCGUCAGUAUCACUUUAUAAAUGAGGAGAAGGAAUGGGCUGAUGCUAAGAAAUACUGCAGAGAGAAAUACACAGAUCUGGCCACUGUUGACAACAUGAACGACAUGAUCCAGCUGAACAAGUGUGUAAAAGUAAAUGAUAAAGGUGUCUGGAUUGGUCUUCAGGGUACAAAUGAUAGUAAAUGGCAUUGGUCUUCAGGUGAUCCUGCGCUCUUUCUGAACUGGGCAUCUGGACAACCAAACAGCAGUGAUAAUUGUACUGUUAUAAAAAAUGGACAGUGGUUUGUUGGGGCAUGUACUGCCACCUGGACUUUCAUUUGCUACAACAAUCAACUGAUUGUGAUCCAGCAGAAUCUGUCGUGGUCUGAAGCUCUGAGAUACUGCAGACAGAAUCAUGUGGAUCUGGUCUCGGUUCAGUCAGUGGAGAUGCAGUAUGAGGUGAUGAACGUGGUUAAACUGGCAUCUACUAAGGCGGUGUGGUUGGGUUUACGUCACUCCUGUGCUUUGGGCAUCUGGUUCUGGGUGAGUGGAGAGACCGUGUGCUAUCAGAACUGGGCUCCAGGGAAUGGCACAUCAGAGGAGGACUGUGAGCCCACAGUGAGAUCUGGAGCAGUUCAGACUGGGAGCAAUCAGAGCUGGAUCAGCCGUCCUGAAACUGACAGACUCAACUUCAUCUGCAGAAACUACUGAGAGUGAAGAAGUAAGAUGAUGAAUGUGCUCCUU